AUGGAUAAUGAUCUUACCGAUCUUAAUAUCAAAUGGAUUAAGUCUCUUUGUAAGGAUAAAAUAGUAUUAAUUGAACUUUGGGAAUGGCGUAAACAAAUGUCUUUAUUACCUUUUGUGAAUCGGACAAGUGCAUUGCUUAUCUGUCACCUUAGAAAAGAUAUGCAAGGAAUAGUUUAUGCUCUCAAGACUGAUUUUCUAGAAUUACAGAUCAAGGAAUAUCACGGCAAGUCUGAUCUAGUGGAAAAGACUCAUAACUUCAGCAAUGUAAAAGAAUCAUGGAAAGACAUAGACCUAGUUGCCUAUACUAGCACUUUAAAAAUAGGAAAAGAUUCCGUUCCCAGCACUUAUUUGGUUGGAGAAUGGUUAAUUUUCUCCAAAAUGUGGUUAUUCCAAACAGUGAAGGCGAGUUCCUCAACCAUUAAAGCAGAGGAGAUAGCAGAUAUAUCUAAUGCUACUAUUAUCAAUUAUGAGACUGCUGAAUUAUUGGAGAAUAAACCAAAGAAGACUUUAGAAGAGAUGCGCUCUUUAGACUGGCAUCAUAUCGUGAAUUGUUAUGAGAUUUUGCCUGAAUCAUUGACUGAGAAUUUCAUCUCAAAGUAUGGGAAUUACAAUCACAUGAAAUGGUUUAAGACUUAUAAGCAAUUAUGA